UGUCAUUGACAGAAAUUAUAAUUUAGUUUAUGGUCGUUAAUGCAUCUAGGUUGAGUGUUUUCCUGUCAUACAUGUUCCCAUAUGAAGUUGCUAUGUACAUGUGUAUACAUUUAGUUAUAUAAGUAUUGAACAUAUACAUAUAUCUCUUAUAGAUCACAAAGAGUUAUGGUUAUAUACAUUUAUCGUUAUUAUAAAUCUGUAAAUUGUUCUUUAGAUCAAAGUAAAAGUUGAUAUUAUAUAGGUCUUUGUCUUUUAGACUUUUACUUUCCUCCAUAAAUACAUCCUGUUGUCUUUCGAUUUUGUAGCUUAGUAGAUGACAAACUAAACAAAAAUCUCUCAAGAUUUUUAUUACUUACACUUCAUUUUGUUUUUCUUUGGUUUAUACGUUACAUGGAAACAAAAGUAGAUCGAUAUAUCAAAGCAACAACAUCGAUCUUUGUAUUAUUUAAUGUUGUUUAUUCAUUGUAAUUGUGAUGAGAAGAUUUAAGUAAAAGAAGUUGAGAGUGAUAUAAGCAUUUUGGACAAUAUAUUCUUUCAAAGCAAGUAAAAAAGUAAAGGAAAUUCUUCAAAUAAUUCACUUCAAAGUUCAAAUUCUGCAAUGUACUUGUCAAUUUCGUUAUUCUUUCAUCGCAAAAGAAAAGUUGGAGCUGUCAUAUCGAGAUGUUUAGGAAUCGUUUGUUUGUUAUAUAUCAUCUGAGUAAUUGUACAUAUUACUAUAGAUAUUGUAUCACAUUAAAAAUCAUUUUAAAGUUGUAUUUUAAAAGUUCUAGGAGUCGUAAUCAAUAAACCAUUAUUAUGCAAAGAUGUCAGAACAUACAUUUCAAGUGCUUCAUUUAUGUUAACAACGUCAUUGUAAGGAAUUCCUUUUUGAUUGGUUCAAAUAUAUUGUUAUGGACCACCUGCACAAUAAUUUGAGGAGGAAAAUAGAAAAGCAAAAAGAAAGAGUCAGUAGUGCUCUUUCCGUUUCUUUUAUAGUUGGCGUCAUUCUACUUUGUGUUGUAUUCUCAUACAUAUAUAUUCGUUGUUUUCAGGAAGUAAAUCGCUCGCAUUAUCAAAGGUCGCCAAAGUUUUUACAGAUGCGAAAAUUGAUCAGCAACAAAGGCAAUUAAUAGCAAUUCAACCUUGAAAUAUACACUCGUCUCAAAUGAUUUAAACAAAAUAAACGGGCUAAAGACUGAAAAACAUUCACAACAUACUGUCGUAUAUAAAAAUGGAAAAAGGAUUUCUUCAUUAUCGUGGUAUUAUAUGGAUGAUGAUGAUGAUGAUGUGUUCAACGGAAACAAAAAAUUUCUUACCCUCUAUACAAUGGACACCAGAAAAUCCACUAUUUAAAAACCUUAAUGGAGAAGCGUUCACAGUGAAUAUUGAUGAUGAAAUGAGAAUAUGGUGUCCGCGACAUUACACUCAAAUGACACAAACCAAGCAGCAACUUAGUGCCCAUAAUCUUUAUUUUUCCCUUUAUAAAGUCGACACUAAACAAGAAUUUGAUGAAUGCAACGCGACAAGAGGAAAACGUUUGCUAUAUUGCAAUGAUCCAUUUGAUGAAAACCUUAAAAAUCAAAAGGAGCUACAGAUAUUGUUUAUGGCUAUUCCAUUCUUUAAUUACAUGGAGGCAUAUCCACCUGGAAGAACAUAUUAUUUUAUAGGAACUUCUGGUGGAACAGAAGAACAAUUAAAUAAUAAAAUUGGAGGGAAAUGUACUGCCGAUCAAAUGAAACUUGCUAUAUAUGUUUGCAAAAGAGAGGAAAAUUGUGAAACGAGAGUUUUAAAUGGUGGAUGGUCACUGUGGACGUAUAAUGAAACAACAGGAUUAUGUGAAAGGAACUGUAGUAAUCCCGUUCCACACAAUGGCGGAGAAAAAUGUAAAGGAGAAAGAAGAGUGGAAUGCUCCAAAAUAAUAAACGGGAGAGAUGUUAAUAAGAAUAAGAAACCGUCGGAGAAGAUGAUUCCUACAAUAACAACUUCUACCUUUACUGACAAUGAACCAUUUAAGAAAAUGAUGAGACAAACAGAAAAUAUGUCAAUGACUACUCCCACGUCGACUGUUAACAUUAUAACAAAAUUGGACAGAAAUGACUUAGAUGAAACAAAACCGCAAGCAAGAAAAAAUGACAGCGUCAAUUUAUCAAUAAAAGAAGCUGUACUUACGUUUGUUGGUCUCGUUUUUCUUGGUUUUGUCUUAGGCAUAUUAGUUGUUUUGCUAAACUCUAUUUUUGUGCGAAUAUGUCGAAGAAAGAAAAAGAAUUACAAGAUCCAAUUAAUAGAGUUUGAGGUAUCAUUAUUGGAACAUCAGGUUUACAUCAUGAGGUUUACAUCACAAGAAAAGCUGGUAAGCAAAAUUAAUUGUGUUUAUAACCAAUGACACCUACAUCAAAUAUAAAGAAAUUCCAGCUCUAAAUAACCGACAUAACCACGAGUAGAUAUCACUUGCACUUCUAUGAUGACAUCGUUGUAUAAACUCGCGUCUCGAGUCAUUUCGUGAUCUUUCUACCCGAAAUUUGAACAUCGAGAGAAGAGUUGUUCACAGGUCAUCAUACGUAAUGACCAAAUAAAAGAAAAACCAUUAAUAUUCAAUUGCAAACAUAUGAUAUGAAAAGCAGGAUGCAGUACACUGUUUAUAACAUUCGUUUAACCUCCAUAUUGUUUUAAAAUGUUUUCCUUUGAAAAACACAAUCGCAUACAGUUGUAAAUAAAAUCAUUAUAUAAUUAUGAUAUCUUUAAUUUAUAAAUUGUCAAGUAAAAUAUGUUUUGUACUAAAUAUAUACAUAUGUAAAAAAUUGUAAUAUAUAAAACUUAUGUAUUUUCUCGUUUUGUUCUAUUUUAAAUUCAACAUUACCUACAUUGA